AUGAAAACUCUUCUUUUCAUCAUUUGUGGUAUCUAUAUUGUGAUUGUUGAUAGUUGCAUCUGCAUUGGCAUCACAUGCAUACUUGUACCCAUUCAAUGACAAUAGUGUAAGCGAUUUAGAAGGCCUAAAUCAAAAGCAAAUAGCUUAAUUGAUAAAAUACAAUAUCGGAUUAGUCGAACACAUUUCAGCAGACUAACAAAAAGUGUUUGAACAAUUGAUAAAGUACAUAUAUCUUCAUCAAAUAGAUCUUUUGGCAAAGGCAAUAUCUUAUCACCUGCAAAUAUGAACUAUUUGAUUCUGAUUGAGAGUGAGAAAUUAUAUCAAGGAUAAGAGUUGAAAUAAUAGAGAAUAACAGAAGGAUUCUCUUAAAGUUUUAAAGUAUUGGAUAAAGAUCCAAAACCCAUUAUGGAUUUCCUCUUUGGACAAGAAAGUAAUUCAACAUUGUAAAAUUUAGAUGACACCUUAAUUUAGAGGGCAUACAAGUUUUACAAUAAUAAUAAUUUGGGAUUCAAAAUCUACUAGAAUGAGGAUGACUUGGAUAUCAAUUAUUUAUAAUGGACAAUUACACUGUACUUAGGCAAAAAUGUAAAAAUAGGAAUUUAAUUUAUAGAAUGAAGUUUAUUUUUAUGAACCAAACAAAGAUAAAUCUUACAAAGUCGAUUCCAGUUUGGAGAAGUGUGUAAAUACCUUCUUCGGAACAACAUUCGAUUAUUCAUCUAAAGAAAAUAAAAUAUAUAAAUACAACACAAAUGAAAUGAUUGAAAUCACUAAAGACAACGAAGAUUACAUUAUUGGAUUCUUAAAGGAUGUUUGUGCUAUGAACAAAUUAUCUACACUUUUUAAAAAAUGUAUUUCUAUCCGAAAGCAUAUAUCUAGCUAAUUAACCCAACAUGUUGUCAAUCAUCAAUAAGUCUAUUUCCAAAUUAGAAAAAAUCAUGAAGGAACCAGAAAUUGAUAUGAUCUAUGACAUGAUGAGAAUCACUCACAAGAAAGUAUCAUAUGAUUAUAUGUUAAGCUUUCCAAAAACUUUAGAAAUACCUUUGAAAAUGAAGAAUUAUUCGGUCUCAUUUUGGUCGAGUAAGAAAAGAAUCCUCAAAUUACAACAACCAAAGAAUCAGCCAAAAUUUAAAGAAUUCUAUUGGAAACAAGAACAAGAAUGUUAAACUAAGUUACUGUAUUAUUACAUAUUAUGCCUUUAAUAGUAAACUAACUCUUCUGGAUAUGUUAUGGAUGCAACCACAUAUCAAAUAUAUGUUUGGUUCGGAGUGUUCUUUGUCGUAGUCUUGAUUGGCAUUAUAUAUGCUAUGGUCACUAUGGAUAUCUAAAAGGAUACUUUAUUGUAUGCUAAAUUCUUAACAACAGAUCAAAGAGCAUGAUUAGUAUAUAGUAAUUAUACCAAAC